CAUUUUCAUGUUAAUAUUGCUUCUCUUGAGAGAAAUUUGCAUCUUUCUUGUUGCUUUCUUUCUCCUAAUAUUUACUUUUCUUUAGCAGAGAGAUGCUUGUGGUGGUGGCAGCAACGUCAUUGUUUGUAACUUCAGUUGUAUCGUAUGCGUAUAGAAGCCUAAAACCCCCACCUCCAAAGGUAUGUGGGAAGCCAAAUGGUCCUUCUGUAACUUCACCUAGAAUAAGGCUCAGUGAUGGAAGACACUUGUCCUACAGAGAAAGGGGUGCCCCUAAAGAUAUGGCUAAAUAUAAGGUCAUUCUUGUUCAUGGCUUUGAUAGCUCCAAGGACAUCUACUUGCCCAUGUCCCAGGAAAUGAUGGAACGGCUGGGUGUGUAUAUUCUAACAUUUGAUAGAGCAGGGUAUGGUGAAAGUGAUCCAAACCCAGAGCGCUCAGUGAAGAGUGAAGCAUUUGACAUCCAAGAACUGGCUGAUCAAAUGCAGCUUGGAUCAAAAUUCUAUGUAAUUGGAGUCUCCAUUGGAACCUAUGCAAUUUGGGCAUGCCUCAAAUACAUACCACAUAGGCUUGCUGGUGUGAGUCUAGUAGUUCCAGUGAUCAAUUUCUGGUGGCCUUCUUUCCCUGCUAAGUUGGCUAAUGAGGCAUACAAGAAACAGCCUAAAAGAGACCAGUGGAAACUUAGCAUAGCACACCAUGCUCCUGGACUUGUUUACUGGUGGAUGACCCAGAAGUGGUUCCCUUAUUGCUCUAUCAUGCAAAGGCAUCCUAUACUUUUCAACAAACGGGAUGUGGAGACUAUUAACAAUAUGUCACAAGUACCAAUGCCCAAUGAGCAUGAGAUACGACAGCAAGGCGUUCAUGAAUCCCUUCACCGAGACAUAAUAGUUCAUUUUGGGAAAUGGGAGUUCGACCCAAUGGAACUAGAAAACCCAUUUGCUAACAAUGAGAGCUCUGUUUACCUGUGGCAUGGUCAUGAGGAUAAACUUGUCCCCUUCGAAUUGCAGAGGUAUGUCGUGAAGAAGCUGCCUUGGAUCCGAUAUCAUGAAGUUUCUGAUGGUGGUCAUUUGAUGAUUCAUGAAACCGGUUUGUGCAUAGCAAUUUUCAGGGAACUUCUGCUUGGGGAAGCCCCCACCGCUAGCACAUAGAAAGCUUUUUAUCUGCCUUUUAUUGUAAUUUUAGCAAAACGGACCACGUUUCAAUUAUGGGCUUGACCUCUGGCUAUGAUUGUUACUAAAAAUAGGGGGAAAAAAAUAAAAUAAAAGUAAAAUAAAAUUGAAAAAAUAAAAAUAAAAAAGAAAGCAAAGCAUUUGAAGCCUAAGGGAAAUGAAGGAUAUGAUUCAUA